GGGCGGCCCUGGUAGCUGGGCGCGCGGCGCGGAGGGGGCGAGCCCGGAGCGCGGGUCUCAUUGUUGGGGGGGGGGGGGGCCCGUCGGGGCAUGAGGGCGAGAGCACGGCGGGGGGGGCGGCCAGACAGAGCGAGCGAGGAGGAGGAGGAGGAGGACGCCGAGGAGGAGGAAGGAGGAGGCAAAGAAAAGAAGCGGCGGCGGCGGAGGAGGAGGAGGAGGGAGCGAGGAGGCGCGCGGCCCCCCGCUCCCUCCCUCCCCCCCUGACCCCCGACCCCCGCCGGCCGGCCCCCCGCCCCAGCCCCGGAGGGAGCUCAUGGGAGUAUGAAGGAGAUGGUAGGAGGCUGCUGCGUAUGUUCGGACGAGAGGGGCUGGGCCGAGAACCCGCUGGUCUACUGUGAUGGGCACGCGUGCAGCGUGGCUGUCCACCAAGCUUGUUAUGGCAUCGUCCAGGUGCCAACAGGACCCUGGUUCUGCAGGAAAUGUGAAUCUCAGGAGCGAGCAGCCAGGGUGAGGUGUGAGCUGUGCCCACACAAAGACGGGGCAUUGAAGAGGACUGACAAUGGAGGCUGGGCCCACGUGGUGUGUGCCCUCUACAUCCCUGAGGUGCAGUUUGCCAACGUGCUCACCAUGGAGCCCAUCGUGCUGCAGUAUGUGCCUCACGAUCGCUUCAACAAGACAUGUUACAUCUGUGAGGAGCAGGGCCGGGAGAGCAAGGCAGCCUCCGGAGCCUGCAUGACCUGUAACCGCCACGGAUGUCGACAAGCUUUCCAUGUCACCUGUGCCCAAAUGGCAGGCCUGCUGUGUGAGGAAGAAGUGCUGGAGGUCGACAAUGUCAAGUACUGUGGCUACUGCAAAUACCACUUCAGCAAAAUGAAGACAUCCCGGCACAGCAGCGGGGGAGGCAGCGGAGGCGCAGGAGGCGGAGGGGGAGGCAGCAGCGGCUUCGUCGCAGGCCGGAGGAGCAGGUCGGCCUCGCCGUCCACCCAGCAGGAGAAGCACCCUUCCCACCACGAGAGGGGCCAGAAGAAGAGUCGAAAGGACAAAGAACGCCUUAAACAGAAGCACAAGAAGCGGCCUGAGUCACCCCCCAGCAUCCUCACCCCGCCUGUGGUCCCCACUGCGGACAAGGUCUCCUCCUCAGCUUCCUCCUCCUCCCACCAUGAGGCCAGCACUCAGGAGACUUCUGAAAGCAGCAGGGACUCAAAGGGGAAAAAGUCUUCCAGCCGUAGCCUGAGUCACAAGGGGAAGAAGCUGAGCAGUGGGAAAGGUGUGAGCGGCUUCACCUCUGCCUCCUCCUCUGCCUCCUCCUCUUCCUCCUCUUCCUCCUCCUCCGGGGGACCCUUCCAGCCUGCAGUUUCGUCCCUGCAGAACUCCCCUGACUUCUCUGCAUUCCCCAAGCUGGAGCAGCCGGAGGAAGACAAGUACUCCAAGCCCACAGCAGCUCCCCCUUCAGCCCCUCCCUCUCCCUCAGCCCCAGAGCCCCCCAAGGCUGACCUCUUUGAGCAGAAGGUGGUCUUCUCUGGCUUUGGGCCCAUCAUGCGCUUCUCCACCACCACUUCCAGCUCGGGCCGAGCCCGGGCCCCGUCCCCUGGGGACUAUAAGUCUCCCCAUGUCUCGGGGUCCGGCGCCUCUGCAGGCACCCACAAGCGGAUGCCCACACUGAGUGCUGCCCCUGUGCCUGCUGAGGAGACCCCGGAGACAGGCCUGAAGGAGAAGAAGCACAAAGCCAGCAAGAGGAGUCGACACGGGCCAGGCCGUCCGAAGGGCAGCCGCAACAAGGAGGGCACCGGGGGCCCAGCCCUCCCCUCCCUGCCCGGUGCCCAGCUGGCUGGCUUUACGGCCACUGCGGCCUCACCCUUCUCUGGAGGUUCCCUUGUCAGCUCUGGCCUAGGUGGUCUGGCCUCCCGUACCUUUGGGCCUUCCGGGAGCCUGCCCAGCCUGAGCCUGGAGUCCCCCCUGCUGGGGGCAGGCAUCUACACCAGUAAUAAGGACCCCAUCUCCCACGGUGGCGGAAUGCUGCGGGCUGUCUGCAGCACCCCCCUCUCCUCCAGCCUUCUAGGGCCCCCAGGGACCUCGGCCCUGCCCCGCCUCAGCCGCUCCCCAUUCACCAGCACCCUCCCUUCCUCCUCUGCUUCUAUCUCCACCACUCAGGUGUUUUCUCUGGCUGGCUCUACCUUUAGCCUCCCUUCUACCCACAUCUUUGGAACCCCCAUGGGUGCCGUUAACCCCCUCCUCACCCAAGCCGAGAGCAGCCACACAGAGCCAGACCUGGAGGACUGCAGCUUCCGAUGUCGGGGGACCUCCCCCCAGGAGAGUCUGUCUUCCAUGUCCCCCAUCAGCAGCCUCCCCGCACUCUUCGACCAGACAGCGUCUGCACCCUGUGGGGGCGGCCAGUUGGACCCAGCGGCCCCCGGAACGACGAACAUGGAACAGCUUCUGGAGAAGCAGGGCGACGGCGAGGCCGGCGUCAACAUCGUGGAGAUGCUGAAGGCGCUGCAUGCACUGCAGAAGGAAAACCAGCGGCUUCAGGAACAGAUCCUGAGCCUCACGGCCAAGAAGGAGCGACUGCAGAUUCUCAACGUGCAACUCUCUGUGCCCUUUGCCGCCCUGCCUGCCGCCCUGCCUGCCACCAACGGCCCUGUCCCUGGGCCCUAUGGCCUGCCUCCCCAAGCCGGCAGCAGUGAUUCCUUGAGCACCAGCAAGAGCCCUCCGGGGAAGAACAGUCUGGGCCUGGACAACUCGCUGUCCACGUCUUCCGAGGACCCACACUCAGGCUGCCCAAGCCGCAGCAGCUCGUCGCUGUCCUUCCACAGCACGCCCCCACCGCUGCCCCUGCUCCAGCAGAGCCCUGCUACUCUGCCCCUGGCCCUGCCUGGGGGCCCUGCCCCACUCCCGCCCCAGCCACAGAACGGGCUAGGCCGGGCACCCGGGACAGCGGGGCUGGGGGCUGUGCCCAUGGCUGAGGGGCUGUUGGGGGGGCUGGCGGGCAGCGGGGCCCUGCCCCUCAAUGGGCUCCUGGGGGGGUUGAAUGGGGCUGCGGCCCCCAACCCUGCGGGCUUGAGCCAGGCUGGCGGGGCCCCCGCGCUGCAGCUGCCAGGUUGUCUCAACAGCCUAACCGAGCAGCAGCGACACCUCCUGCAGCAGCAAGAGCAACAGCUCCAGCAGCUCCAGCAGCUCCUGGCCUCCCCACAGCUGACCCCGGAACACCAGACUGUUGUCUACCAGAUGAUCCAGCAGGUCCAGCAGAAGCGGGAGCUGCAGCGGCUGCAGAUGGCCGGGGGCUCCCAGCUGCCCAUGGCCAGCCUGCUGGCCGGAAGCUCCACCCCGCUGCUGUCCGCGGGCACUCCCGGCCUGCUGCCCACAGCAUCCGCACCACCUCUGCUGCCCGCCGGAGCCCUGGUGGCUCCCUCACUCGGCAACAACACAAGUCUCAUGGCCGCGGCAGCUGCAGCUGCAGCGGUAGCGGCAGCAGGCGGACCUCCAGUCCUCACUGCCCAGACCAACCCCUUUCUCAGCCUGUCGGGGGCGGACGGCAGCGGCAGUGGCCCCAAAGGAGGGACCGCUGACAAAGGAGCCUCAGCCAACCAGGAAAAAGGCUAAUUAAAUCCACCCACGCUCCUGCUGACCCCCCCAAGUGGAGGGGCAGAUCCUGGUCUGAGGGGUCCCAGCCUGGAGCGGGCACCUGUGCCCAGACGCUGGAGAGCCCUGGCCCAGAGCAUGUGCUGCGGCCUGGGGAGUGUGGGGUGCUCCUGGUGCCACGGACUGAGACCGAGAGGGGAGCCCCUUCCACCUGGCCCCCCUACCCCUCUGCGCUGGCCCCUUUGUGAGGGGCUCAGAAGGAAGACAGGCUCCAAGCCCGCCUAGGAGCCCCCACUCUCAGCGAGUGUUCUGAGGUUCCCCAGGGAGCAGAGUGGGCCAUGGCGUAGUGGGGGGUGGUUGAACCCGCCACAUAAAACAGAUCAGCACUUGAGUGGGAGAAGUGGGGGGUGGGCCCUGGGCCGCCCCCUGCACGGAAGUCUUGUAUGGAAUAAGGGGUGGCCCUGCUUGACCUGCAGUUUCCUCCCAACUUGGGCAGAUGGCAAGAGGGCUUCCUUGGAUUGUUUCUUGCCGGGCCCCUUCCCCUGCCCCCCCACAGACUAGGGGGCCGAAGACGGGGUAGGAUGGCAUCAGAUUGGGCCCAAGCCUCCCUGCCUCUGGGGGGUGGGCCCCAGUGAUGGGCUGGGGGAGGGCAGGGGGUGGGCGGCCCAGCCCCUCGGUCCCGUGCCCCUUGUUUGCACUAUUGGAUUUAGGAGUGCCGAGGGUGGGGAGAUGGAGCUGCCUGACUCAGAGAGCGUGUAUGCGUGUGCGUGUGUCUGUCUGUCUGUCUGUCUGUCUGUCUCCCCCUGGACCCAAGGCGGCCGAGGGCAGGGACAGGAACAGUGCUCUGAUGAGGCAGUAUCGGAGGGGCGCUCCCAGCUCUUGUUUGCACCCUCUCACCUCACCAACUUUGGUCCCUUUCUGGGGCCCGAGUGGUUCACAAAAACCAGAACCUUACUCCAAUACUGGAGAGUAACUGGGGGCUGGGGGCCUUGAAUCAGGGUGAUAUCCUGCCUUUCCUCCCCCAGACUCCACAUGGUCUCAGUGCUCCCCUUCCCCUCUGAUGCUUGGUCCUGCUUCCCUGGCAAAGGGGAGCCCCAGGGAUUGGGGGACAAGGCAAGGGGGGUAAAGUGCCACUCCUUUUAGUGAAACCUCCCUCCCAGAAACAGCCAGCCUGCCUCCCCGCACCCCACCCGCACCCCCACCAACCAGGGGAGACUUAAGCUAAAGCCGACCUAACAACUGCCCCUUCACCCACCAGCUAUUUUCCCAGGGUGUAGUGGGCAAUUCUCACCUUAAAGAGUCCCCACCUGCCCAGAGCCUUUGGUGGCCAAGGCUGAGAGCCGGUGGGACAGCCCGGAGAGGGGCAAGAUGGAAGCCUGUGUCCGUGUCAGGUGCACUGGGGUCGGAGCCGGGAGGAGUAUGGCCAGCUUCCCUGACGCCCACGUCUAGUCAGUCUCUUUGCACGUGUGGAUUUGUGUGUGUGUGUGUUUCUGUUGUUGUUGUUGGUUUUGUUUGGUUUUGUUUUUAAAUAAAGAAAAGAAGAUGUGUAUAUUUUUGGCAAUGACAGAAACGUAGUGCAGAUAUAUUUUUGCCUGUGCUGCUCAACUGGUUUUUUUCUGAUACUGAAAAUAAUAUUAAUAUUCCUGUUGAUAAGACUUUGUAAGAUGUUAGGGAGCUGAUAAUGGAGGGGGGGUGGGAAUCCUUCAGAAGCGAUUUCUUAGGCACUUGCAAGGGCUUGGGGGGAGGGGGGGAGGCAGUUGUGAUGACCUCAGAAAUACUCACUUCUUAUUCAUGCUAAAUAUCAGUUAGAAAGAAAAGAUAGAAUUCAGCAUUUUAUUCAUCUCCAUCUACCAAGCUCUCUAACUCCCUGCCCCUGAAACACUGCAAAGAAAAAUAACCUUCAGAGAUUCUUAGAAGGGUUGCUCAUUCACACCCACGCCCUUGCCUAAGGCCGGCCCACUUAGAGCCAAAGUCAGCUUCUGUUCCGGACGGCGAGGGAAAUCAGUCCACCCCAAGGCCACUGUGGCAGAGAGUGAGAGGUCCAAGUGACGCAGUGCACUGGAACCAAGACCUCCCCUUCCCUGCAGCACCCAAGAGUCUGGGAUUCUCAUCUCUAAGAGUCUCUGUUUUCUGGCUUUCCCCAGGCCGGGGUGCAGUGGCAGGGAGGCAGGUUAGAUUUGAAGAAGGGACCCAGGCUGGGUAUGGAUUGGUGCUGUCCCUCGAUUUGGGGCAGGGGGACAUGAGAGAGGUGGUGCAUCUCCUCUUUCGUCUGGAGCGCUUCGAGACAGAGCAGGGUCCCAGGCAAGGGGUAUGGCUAUCGAGACCCCACCGUCUGCUCCCAGCCUCAGCCCCUUUUUCUAGGAUGAAUUUGGAUGGAGAGUAGAGAUGCAGAUCUAUAGAUGGCUCUGUCUAGGGGAGGGGAAGGAUGUGGUUUGCAGGGCGGAAGUGGAGUUUGAAAAUGCAGUGUGGAGCUCAGUCUGUCAUCCCCCUCAGCGCGGAGGUGUGAGGCGGUGUGCAUGCAGAGCCGCUGUCUGGCCUUGCGGUCACGACUAGUGCAUGAAUGUCAGAGCUGGAAGGGACCUGUCUUUAGGGGUCUUUUGAGCCAGCUCCGUGCUUCACAGGUGAUAGCUCCAAGCCUAGAAGGGGCAGAGGCUCGGGGCAGAGCCAGGACCAGCCCUCAGGACCCUGGCCUCCUGGUCCUCGGCUCUCCUGUCCCACUACACUGCCUCCGUAUGGCUGUCCAUCUGUCCCUGUGUGUGUGACGUGCAGUGUGCGUGCAGGGCUGUGCCCGGGGUGAGGCGUAUCUGUGAAGCACUGACUGUCUUAAGCUCAGAGCGGAUGGAUCCUCUCCAGAGACAACGACACUUUAAAGAUUGCCUUUUCUUCUCUAAAUUUUUCUGAUUUGUUUGUGAGUUUUCCGCCUCAGACUCCCAGGUCUGUUGCUGCCUCCAGGUGCCCUCGCCUUGAGGCUGACGAGAGCACCCCUGCCCACUCCCGUCCCGAGUUCCGGGGGCAUACUCCUGGGAAGGCAGCCAGAGCCUGGGAAAGAGAAAGAGCCAGCUCUGAGAAAGGGUGACCACCUCCACACUGCCCUUUCCCAAACUGGAAAUACAGACAAGUUUUCAAAGGCUCAGGCUCCCCCUGCCAGCCUCUGGCAUCUUCCUUGGUGUGUGGUGGGCCAGAGUUAAGAGUGGGCAGCUUGUUCCCAGUUCUCCUUUAUCCCAACUUAUUUUCCUGGGGAGAAGUGCUGGAGGUAUUAAGGUCACUUCCAUUGGGAAUUUGCAGGAAAGUGGGGCACAGUACCCUGACUCCCUCCAGUCACCUCAAACCAGAUUAAAAGUGUGUCUGGCUCCCAACCACUUUGACUUGAUCUACUGAAAAGCUGGGGACUGAGGGGGUCCCUUCAUCGCCCCUUGUUCACGCCCUCCAGCCCAACUUGGGACUUAGGUGGUGGGACUGGAGACCCAAACCCUGGCUCCCGGCCUGGCCCCCUCUUUCCACCCCAGCCUGUCUCAAUGUAGCAGACCCUUCCUAGGGGAGCAGGGAGGGGAAGCCACAGUUUGCAAACCCAGGGGCUCCUUUUUCAUUCUUUCUAAAGCCUCCUUUAUAUCCUCAACCCAAAAGGCAGUGCCCCUCCCCUGCCACCUCCAAGUCUGGAAUCGAGCAUAACCCGGAUCUUGUAUCUUUGUAUAACGGAUGUUAUUUGUACGAAGGGCAGUUCGUAAACAGCACUUGUUCUUUUAAUAAAAGAAUGUUUUACAAAAAAAAAU